CCGUCAAAGUAAAAUUUCAAAGAAAGAAAACCAUCCCGCGAAAAUAAGUAAUAGGAGUGUUCUCUCUCUUGCAAGUAAAGGAAUCUUCAUCUUGAAAAUGAGUUCGAUUUUUCCUCUUCGUGCGGUGUGGAUUAUGGCGGCGCUGUUUCUUCUUGCUAACGCUGUCACGGUGGUGAACUGCAUCCCCAACCGAGAACUAAAUUCAAUGCUCAACACUCUCCGAUCAAGAGGCUACCAUCUCUUCUGCAACGCAAUCCUCACCUCUGAUAUCCGAUUCGAUCUUCUUUCCUUCGACGAUGGAAAUUCAAACGUUACACAUUCUUUCACUUUCUUCGCUCCCACCGAUUCCUCCCUCUUCGCACUCGACAUGACUCAAUCGGCGUCGUCUUAUACAGAUACUCUCCGUUACCACAUCAUCCCUCGCCGUCUCUCUCUUGGAGAGCUUCGCCUCCUUCCAAACGGUUACACGCUCCCUACACUUCUCCACACGCGCCAUCUUAGAGUCACGCGCCAUUUUGCGUCUUCUGAUACUUUCAUUGGCGGCGUGGAAGUAUCUUUCCCGGGAAUCUUUUACGGCCGUCACAUCGUCGUUCACGGUCUCUCUGGAAUUCUAAAUCUCCGAUCUCAUAAUAAUCACACCUCUCCGGCGCAGAUUCACUCUCCAGAUCGCCGUCAUUUCUCUUCAAGAACAACUCCGCAUUCGUCGGAAAAUCAAACGGUUCUUGAUCCAGUUUCAGUUCCAAAUUCAGUUUCGUUCAACUUCACUGACCGGCACCAAUCUUCUCAUCCGGUUGAUACUCCGGUACCAGAGCCAGCGCAAGCGCCGGAAAUCGGAAUUGUUCACGUUCAUUCUGCUGUGAAUUUCAGUAACGCUCCUUCUGUUGCGCCGGUUUUGCCUCUACAAGAUCUUACUUCAGCGAUCUCUGCUCCGCCGGAAGGAUACUCCGAUGCGGAAGCUCCGGCGCCGGUGGAUCUGGAACCGGUGGUGCAGAAGAAUAGUAGAGUUUCGUUGUUGGAAAUGGAAGGAGGGAUAGGAAUGUCGGUGAAAUCUGAAGCGUUGGAUGAAGUGGGAAAGUGUAAGACUGAAGCCGUUGGAUUGAAAAAUGAUAUUGAUAGUGUUGGUCACAUGCAAUGCUGUGCAACAUAAACUUGUUCGUGUUGGGUACAUAAUUCAUUUGAUGAAAUGAGUUCAAUUUUUUUUUGUUUGUAAUUUUGUGUUGUUUUUUACCAUUUCCUGUAAAUUUCAAAUUUCAUUGGUCUAGAAAAUUUGUUAAAGUAAUAGUUAGCAUGAGAAGCGUGGAUAGUGUUGAUCGA